AAGGAACAAGCGGGGAACUAGCGCUGAACUGAAACUAAUUUACCACGUGUUAAAAAAAAUAAAUGAUCCAAAUGUGUUUUUUCUCGAAUCGAAUAUUUUAUUAUUGGCAAGACAAAAGUGAUGCUGUAAUACAAACUGCUAUCUCUGGAGUUUUGACGCGCCUGUUUCUAACAAAUGGAGAGCUGCACACAUAUUUUCCAGAUCUCUGGCAUUAAGAAUUGUGAUAAGAAGAGGGAUUUAAUCCAGGGAAUUCAGCACCUGAGUGGGAAAUACUUGGGUGGCUCAAUCUAUCAACAAGCCAUCACCCAUCUCAUAAUUCCUGAAGUUAUCUCAAGUGAAAAGUUCUUUGCAGCAUGUGCUGCAGGAAAGUGGGUCGUGACUCCAGACUAUGUGUUGGACAGUCUUCAAAACGGUUGCUGGCUCACAGAGGACCAAUAUGAGGUGUCCAUUGGCACUGAUUCCCCCUCUGCCUUUUACCCUGUCAGACAGUGGAGGGAGAAGGUGGCUAGUAGGAGAAUAACUGGGGCCUUUGAAGGAUGGAGGGUUCUCCUCAUGGUCCAAGAACCCUCUCGUAGAGACAUGUUUAAAAGGCUGCUGGUAGCAGGAAAGGCCGAAGUGUACGACAUCCCUCCUCCAUCUCAUUCCUCCAUUACUCAUGUCAUGGCUAAACCCAUUACAGAAAACUCACAAUCAUACAGUACUCCAUGCUACUCUGUCACCCACGUUAUCCAGCACCUGUUUGGGAGACAUUAUGUGCACAUGAACUUUGCAAACAUAAACGUAACAGACAGUCAUCCAACAGAGAUAAAAAAACCCAGUGUGGCUGAUAUUGACCUCUCUGAACUAGAAGCAGAGCUCAGAGAUUAUGUCAUUCAACACCAGAGCCGUCCAAGGCUGCAAUUCCUGGAGUUUCUGGGUUACCAUGACCCCUACUGUUCACAGUUACAGGCAACAGAAACAGACUUUAGCAAUGUUGGCAGUAUGAUUGAGUGUGGUCUCUUUGCUGAAGCCUUGGACUCAAUCAGAAGUGCUGUGCUCCCCGGUCUGCUGCCACCAGUGGCUUAUGUCAUCUCACUUUUAGAAUACGCUCUGCAGGGAGACACCACGCCGUACUUUCAGAAAAACUUCUUGCAGUUCAUGAUUAACCUGCUUCUUAACAACCCUCCUUUGUUGGGAAACAAAGGGAAAACAUAUUUUAAGCAGGUGUUGCAGUGCCCUCGGUGUAAGAUGGGAAUCUGGCCUUUCUUACAGUCAACCAUCAGUCGCUGCCUGUCCAGUGAAGCCACAUGUCACCCUCUCCCUGCACCUGCCUCUCCAGCACUAAUACGUUUCUACUGUGACCUUGUGACAUUUGUCCUCCGGCUCUUCCAAGUGGAGCUCCACUCUGUCACAGCAGGAGAUUUUGGACAGCCUCAGGGAACUGGAGUUUCUAAGGCCCCUGCAUCAGGCUUUUUGCUUAACGCUACGUUUUGGACUUUCUGGGAGCGCGCUACUCUGCUGUCUCAGUCUGUGAAACAACUUUGUCACCUUUUGUUUCAGGCUGCCACUAAGGAGUUCACUGAAAAGGAUGAGAGGCAGAGUCUACACCUGACUGACACACUGUUGAAUUUCCUGUCAGUGGUGGUGGAGUUCUGGUGUCACCAGCAUAAUAAACUCAACUGGAACCUGGCAUAUAAAGGCCUCAAAGACCUGGUCGAGCAUCUUGCUGUCGUGAGUCGUGAUGUGACUCCAGCUGUCGCCGUCGAACUUGUUGUCAGAGUUUCUUCCACUAGACUGAAAAUGACAAUGGCUGACGCUGUAUUCAGGAGUCUCUGCUGCAGAAACGGCUUCACCUUGGAAGACAAUUCCUUGUCUCUCAAGGAAAUGGUGCUGUCAUACCUGCCUUUUCUGGGACAUUUUGCUCACAGCCCAAGUGAUGUUCACCGCAGAACUGAACCCACCUCGACUACCCACAGCGGCAUUAAGCAGGAGACUAACUGCAGAACCCAGUGUCCCUUGGUGAAGAACAGUCUGGAGAAGGGGAACGUCCCUAGGGGGUUGACUAAAGUCAAUGCAGCAGGGUCAGUGCUUCUCCAGCUGAUAGAUGGAUGUGGACGCACCCCCCUGAACCUGGUCUCUGAUGCUAGCCAGCGGGAGGAGCUCUUUCUGAGCGCACAGGUCAGGGACUCUACGCUGGGUAACACAGCCACCGAGGUCGUGAACCUACCCCUGCUGGAGGCUGGAUCCACUCUGCUGGCCCACUUAAUUUUCUCCUACCAGCAGGAGAUGGGCCUGUCAGCCCUCCAGAAAAGCAGGGACAAGACCCACAGCCUGGGUGGAAAUCUGGUCAGGGCCCUAAAGACACACACCUUCCAAAAAGUGACUUCAGGUUGGACAGACCAGCGAGUCAUUAGGCUUGCAGAAGACGUUGAGACAUUGUUGGAGUUUGGCACAGGCGUGUACUGGAGUCACAUGUCCCAGGUUGUUGAGGGACAGAACACACACUUCCUACUGGAAAUACUGAAACUUCUAAGGUUAAAGGCUGAAACACUGGAUCUCUGAUCAUGUUUCUGUGGCUAUUUGAUCAUAUAUCCCAUUGUAACUUUGACAUUUGAUGCUUCCUUAGUCACACAAUCAGAGUUGGGUAGUAACGACUUACAUUUACUCCGUUACAUUUACUUGAGUAACGUUUUCAAAAUACUUCUAGGAGAAGUUUUAAAUCACUAUACUUUUACUUUUACUUGAGUAGAUUCAUGAAGAAAAAACAGUACUCUUACUCCGCUACAUUAGGCUAUACUGAGCUCAUUACUCGUUACAGAGAUACUGGAUAAAGCUUUAGCUAAUAUCUAGUUCACUAUUUGUCCAUGAUCCAGUAUCUCUACUUUUAUUUUGUCAGAGAGAGACUUCUGCCCAAGGCUCUACUGCAUCACAGUGUUUAACCAGUAAAACGUAGCCCUUGCCGCGCAUUCUUGUCACGUGACCAUACUCAAUCUCAGCCGUGGGACAGGUUAGUAUCCACCGUCUUUGAUAGCAAAAAAUUGUAGAAUCAAUGGUCGGUAAUGCAGACAACGACGAGGAGGCACACACCUGGACUCAUACUGAAACAUGUUAGUUUACAAACAGUACGGUGUUUAGUUACAUUAUGCAGUGUCUUUUGUGUCUCCCAAAACAAACAGAUAUUUCAACAUUAAAAAACUUAACGUCUAACCGGAAAUAUGUUGUGGUAAGUUUGACUGAAAAUCUUUUUUUUUUUUUAAAUUAUUUUGUAAAUAUUUAUUUUUAUGUACACUUUUAUUUAUUAUUUCAUUGAUUUGUAUUUUUAUUCAAGUAGGCCUACUUAAAUUUACAUAAAGAUUAUUUAAUGGUAUUUAUUAAUUUGUUUUAUUUUAGUAUUUUAUUGAUAGGAUAAACUCUCCUCCUACUUUUUCCUAGCUGAUAAAAUAUAUCAGAUGUUACUCUACUUGAGUAGUUUUUCACCAAGUACGGUACUUUUUCACUCUUACUCAAGUAAUUAUUUGGAUGACUACUUUUUACUUCUACCUGAGUAAUAUUAUUCUGAAAUAACUACUUUUACUUGAGUACAAUUUUUGGCUACUCUACCCACCUCUGCACACAAUGAACUGACUCCAAAAAUAUUAAUGUCAAAGCGUUGCUCCUCUGUUUAUAUUUAGAAACAAAAAGAGUAUAUUUUGGUUUAUGUUUAUUAGAACACAUACUGGAUUGUUGCUACCUCAGAUUUUUGUAUAUUUUCAUUUAUAAUAAACUUAUUGAAAUUGAAUCCCUUUAAAGCCUCAGGAUCAAAUCUUUACUGAUAGUUUAGUUCAGCUUAAAAAGCUGAACUAAACCUUUCUUUUCAAAAUAAGCAACAUGCGUUAGAUGCAUUUAGUUUUUCAAACCAGAAAUAUACACUUUAUUAUUUUUUUAACCUCUUCCGACCAACAGUAUUCACACAACUCUGCUACAGCAGUAAAUUCCCUUUACUUAAAUGUCAUUGGUCAGAUUUGGGCACAUAAUAAAGUCACAGGCAGGCAACAUUGCAGGCAGACAAAAGAGAGACAUCUUAGAAAAUAUGGCAGGCACACAUCUACUACAAUAUUAUCACCAGACAAUCGACAGGCAUACAGUAGAAAAUACAACCAUAAAUUAAUUAAUCAUUACCUAUGUACAGUAUUGUUUUAAGAAAUAGUCUAAUUUCAACCUGGUGCAAAUAAAAGUGUUUUUUUCACUCUUUGCAACAGUCAGUCUGAUACAUUCAUUCAUAUAAUAUAUUUAUUCUACAUUGUACAAAAUAAAAACACUUUGGUUUGGUUGAAAACAGACCCAAAACCAAAUUAUUUAUGGUUUUAAAAAAGGAAAAACAAUGUUUUUUUUGGACGCAAUACCACACAAUAGUCACAACAAUUUGCUGUAAAAUAACUAUGUACAGUAGGAGACACAUAGGUAUUCAGACUGUCUCUUUAGGCAUUAUCAAAAGCCAUCCUUCGGGAAGCACAGAGUGUGUUUGUGGAAGAGGCUGUAAUCAGUCACAUCAGAUCUUGGGUGAACAACAGUUAUUGUCUUUCAAGUGGAUUCCUCAAAACAACCUAACAAAAUCAAUGUGACAGAGCCAAGCCAGUUGAUAUUUAAGCAUGUAGAUGGAUGGGUAAAGAGGGAAUGAAACAAGCAGGAGAGGUGACGACGAAGAUGAUAGGCAGGGCAUGAGCAUCACAAAAUGGCAGGAGAGAGAUGUACUGUAGUAGCUGAGAGGGUUGUAAUAAAGACAGGCAGAGGCAAACAGACAGGGGUAAAAGGUAACACAAAGAUGAGAGAGAGUUGGAUCAGUGUGAUGAGAGGAGACCCUCCACCAAUGAAGCCUGAGCUGAGGUCUUUUAACAGAUGCUCAACUAGAAGCCCAGGAGACUGUCCCCUUUAGACAGGGUCGCAACCCUGCCUACUGACGAAGCAGGGUACCACAGAGAGAGCUACCAGAGAGAAGCAUGAUGGGACGAUGGAUCUGGAAUGGCAUCAGACAGACAGACAGACAGACACACACACACACACACACACACACACACACUACCACCUCUAACACAGACAUCUCAGGCCUAAGUUUCCUCAGAGCCUUGUCUUGUGACAUAAGGACUUGCUGCUCAUCUCGCUAACAGCACAUUCCACCAGCACAGCCAAUAACAGCUGGCACUUCUGCUGCAUGCUUGAACACACACACACAAACAAACAUCACAACAGAAUCUACACAUCAGUCCACAGCUGGAGGGAACUCUUAACACGCACUGGCACUAAGAAAAGCAACACAUCUUUGAUUGCAUAAAUGAGUCUAUCCAAACGCUCAUGUGGACGAUGCCUCUGUCUGUAGAGAGACAGAUCAAAGUUGAGUUGUGGGCACAGGAGAUGGGGCAGAUGGAGAGGGCAGUCAGUCUGGGGCACAGCAUCACACAGAACAUGUUUGUCUGUAGUCAAAUGUGCCUGCUUAAAUGGGAUGUGUUGUCUUCUGUGAGCAAGUACAGUAGGUGCAGUUAUCUGUGUAUUGUGCCAGGUUUACAUGGAUGUUUCCGUGUGGGACUGCAGAGGCUCACAGACACAGAUAUGAGAAGAAAGAGGGUCAGCAUUUCAAAUAGAUCAAGUCAGUUUCUACUCUGUGCCCUGACACUUGGCACAGAGAGGUGGCAUCUAUAUCACCACAGCAACGCGAAGAGAUAAAGUACUGCAACUACCUUAUUAUACAGGGUAGUCUACAUAUGUCUACAUGUGUACAUACGACAUCUACAUAUGUGUGUGUGGGUUAACAUUGUUGAUAUUAAACCCUCAGUAACCUAGAACCUUGCCAGGAGUCUGCCUUUGCCAAAGAGACACCAAAACAAGCCUCAAAGGCACCAAAAUAAAAGUCGAAGAAGUUAAAACCUGUUUCUUACAUUAGAGAACAAGGGGAAAUAGAUAAAGUACAGGGACCACUGUCCCCACAGUGAGAUGACUUUCAUCCCACUGUAGGAACGGAACACUGCCUUAAGUCAAGGACUCCCUGUACUGUAACAAGUUUACAUAACUUUCUAUAGCUAGACAGCAUAGGUCCAACAUCUGCCCCACCCCACCCUCUCUUACGCUCAAUGUCAAGCUAGAGGAAUCAGCAGGCAGAAAUGCUUAAAUGGUCAGUGAUGCCUUGGCUGUCCAAGGAAAACAGAUGCAUCCCAGCACCAUACACAGAGCAGGAAGACAGAAACGUUGUGUUUUUGAUUAGAUUGAUUCACACCAGGAGUCACGUUGGUGCCUUGUUGAUUAUAUUAGAAAAACCUACCAGGGCUUUUGAAAAUGUAUGAAUUAAUCACAGUCUAGUUACGACACAAUAAGUAGAGUCUAUUGUUAGGAAGUGAGAAUGAAAGUGUAAAAAAAAUGUUUUAUCUGAAGCAAUAUUGUUUUGUGAAGUAUGUUGCAGAAGUCAUUCAAGACAUUUUGAAACAAAAAGCUACAGCUGUUAAACCCUUUCUUAUCACAGAAACUAUGCUCAUCUGAACGGAUGCGAUUCAAAAACAGGCAAAAUUGUGUUGGUCUUCUUUUCUCUGUGGUUUCUGUGGAUUUUCCAUCCCUUCUAUUAAGAAAAUAAAUAUAAAAAUAUCAUAUUUGUGUUUCUGCAGAUAUUGUCAGUUGACAAAAUACUAUCAAUAUUUUGAUUAAAAACACAAUAUUGGCAGUAUUUUACCAGGCAUAACAUUUUGAAAUAUUUGGCCUUUUGCUGCUCUGUUCAUGUCACAACUCUGCUACAUUUCCUUGCGCCUCUCCGUAGGGUUCACAUGAUCUACUGUGUCUUCGUGUGACAGGCGUGAACCCACCCCUAAUUAUCCUGGCAUUCACCUAACCUCUAUCGUGCCUUAAUAUCAGCUUGGUGUCUCGGUCUCUGACAUACUGUCAGACAUGCACAGGGUUUUAGCAGCUGCACUCCAAAUCUGGUUACACAACUGCUCUCUCCUGAUUGUUUGCCAGCAGCACUUUCACACCCAGUCCGCACAGUCAGAGGUAUGGGAGUGUAGUGAGGAGGGGAGGAUGAGCCCAGCGAAGAGGAGGAUGAGGAGAAAAGCAGCACUAGCAGCAGUUUUAAUAUCUAAGUUGGAAGAAUGGAAGACUGUCGCCCAGUGAGGACGACUCCAGCACGUCCUUAAUGACUUCUCCUACAGGAAGCUACUGUGACUCACAAUCGCUCACAAUCAGGCAGGCGGCUUAAAUUCAAACUUCCGUAUGUACAGUGUCUCUGCAACACGAUACACAGACAACAUUGAAGGAAAAGAUGCCACAUAUUGUCCUUGAAAACAGCAAGCAGAAAUAAAUAAUUCAUAAAGCCAUGGUAUACUGUAAACAUACGUCAAGCCUUUAGGUUAUUGGUUUAAGUGUCUGUGUCUUUAAGAGGAAUGUACCUGGAGCCCAUCUGGCUGGCUAAAUAAAGUGGGUUCAAUCCAUAUUACUGUCAGUGACUGGAACGUCAUUAAAAUGAAGAGGGUUAAAAAGAAUAAGAAACAUUUUAGAGGAAAAACAGAAAGGACAAUAAACACUACACUAGAAAUGAAAUCACUGCAGUCUGAGAUAAAAAUGGGUAAAAUGUUGACUAUGAUAUUGUAAGGCUUGCACUUUGAUAAACAUGGCUACACUGAAUGCGUCUUUGGAUUAAUGUGUCAAUUGUUAAAACGCAUCACCUAACACUGGUGGCAAAUAAACAGAAAGACUUUACUGAGCUGUCAUAACAAUUACAGACAAAAAAACAUCACUUCUUUACUUUUAAAUCUUUUAAAAGCAUAAUGGUGAUUGUAACUAAACAAGUUUCUCUCUAUGGCUCAUAAAAAGCCACACCAAGUAAAUCUCUACUGUACAUCACAAAUUCUCAGAAAAAAGGACGAUAGAAAAAAGUAAAGGAGGAAGUAACAAAAGAACAGACAGUUGAUCUCAGCUGGUCCAGAGCCGCCGUCCUCUGCUCCUAGGUGUCCAGUUAUAGCAGAGAAGAAAGUGGAGAAAGAAGUUGGUGGGUGGACACAGUUAUCUACCCGGGGUUGUUUUUCUUCCUUUUAUUUGGACUGGGACUGGGAUCGAGUUUCAGCUCUUGGUACUGCACCUGUUAAAACACACAGAAACAGACAUGGAAGUCUCUUUCACACACACAUACAUACACAACCCACCCGGUCAGGUGGAAAGAGCAAAGGAUGCUUGAAUAGUACAGAAACCCUCCAGAGGCUCUCUGAGUCCAGCUGUUUGGAACAGUGGCCUAGGGGAAGGAUUACACACUGAUUACAGCACACGCACAGACAAACCCCAAAUACACUGUUAGGAUCUUGGGCGCCUACACAGAUGCACACAAAUACACACAAAGUUUUGCAGAUGUGAAAACUCUGGCCUACGGGGAAGAGAUCUUACAAACAAAUAGAGAACAGGGCAAGGGCUCAUGGGACAGCUUGGAGAGACAACAGAGUCAUCUCAGCAUGGCAUGAUGGUUUGGAGAGACAAGGCAGAGAAACGGGACAAAGGCAGAAGGUAGAGAAAAAAAGAACACCUUAACCCUUUGUAAACUUUAAUCUGUGCUGGGUUACACAUUUUAGGGCAGUGGUGGCUUAGUGGUUAAGCCAGCUGCCAGCUGCCAAGUUACCACUGAGAUGCUCUGAGCUGCCCACUGUUCACUUU